AGCCAAUCGACUCCGAGGCCUCCCUACCUGCUCAAAGAACGUCCCCUGAGCCCCACUGCGUUAGCCAAUCAGUAGCGAAUGAGGCGGAGCCAGCAAGAGGCUAUAUAAGGGACGGUUCACCGGCUGGUUAAAAGCUUCCGCACUGAAGAAUGUCUGCGAGCUACGAAAGUCGACCCAGAGACAAUGGACCUGAAGGCAUGGAGCCUGAUGGUGUCAUUGAGAGCAAUUGGAAUGAAAUUGUAGAUAGUUUUGAUGAUAUGAGCCUAUCAGAGUCCCUGCUCAGGGGUAUAUAUGCCUAUGGCUUUGAGAAACCCUCUGCCAUCCAGCAGCGAGCUAUUAUGCCUUGUAUCAAGGGUUAUGAUGUCAUUGCUCAGGCUCAGUCUGGAACUGGGAAAACAGCCACGUUUGCAAUCUCCAUUCUGCAGCAGAUAGAGCUGGAUAUGAAAGCCACACAAGCCCUGGUGUUGGCCCCAACCCGUGAGCUGGCCCAGCAGAUCCAGAAAGUAGUUAUGGCCCUGGGAGAUUACAUGGGUGCCGGGUGCCAUGCCUGCAUUGGGGGCACCAACGUGAGGGCUGAAGUACAGAAGCUGCAGUCGGAGGCUCCCCAUAUAGUCGUGGGCACCCCGGGCAGAGUGUUUGACAUGUUGAACAGGCGCUACCUGUCCCCUAAAUACAUAAAGAUGUUUGUUUUGGAUGAAGCAGACGAGAUGUUGAGUAGAGGUUUCAAGGAUCAAAUCUAUGAUAUAUUCCAGAAGCUCAGCAGUAACGCUCAGGUGGUCCUGCUCUCAGCCACCAUGCCUGCCGACGUGCUGGAGGUGACCAAAAAGUUCAUGCGGGACCCUAUCCGAAUCCUGGUGAAAAAGGAAGAGCUCACCCUGGAGGGUAUUAGGCAGUUCUACAUUAAUGUUGAGCGAGAGGAGUGGAAGCUGGACACACUCUGUGACUUGUACGAGACCCUGACAAUCACACAGGCCGUUAUCUUUAUCAACACUCGCCGGAAGGUGGACUGGCUAACGGAGAAGAUGCAUGCGAGGGACUUCACUGUCUCUGCCCUGCACGGAGACAUGGACCAGAAGGAGCGAGACGUCAUUAUGAGAGAGUUCCGAUCUGGAUCCAGUCGUGUUCUGAUUACCACAGAUUUGCUGGCCCGAGGCAUUGAUGUCCAACAGGUCUCACUGGUCAUUAACUAUGACUUGCCGACCAACAGAGAGAACUACAUUCACAGGAUUGGCCGAGGGGGCCGUUUCGGUAGGAAAGGAGUCGCCAUUAACAUGGUGACAGAAGAUGACAAGCGCACACUGAAAGACAUAGAGACUUUCUACAACACCACAGUCGAGGAGAUGCCCAUGAACGUGGCAGACCUCAUAUAAACCUCCCGCCGGAGGGGGGCGGAAAAAAUGGAAAAAAACAGAAAAAAGCAUAAAAUGAAAAUAAAAAAAGUGAGCCCCGGGUUUCUUUGGGGCGUCGGCUGAAUGGGGUUGUACAGCAUUUACCGUAAAGCCCUGUAACGAUUGGGCGUGGCCUCCGCUCCCUGUGACCUUCUCUUGCUUUCCAAUAAAUGUUCUUUUGAGAUAUUGUGGCCGUAA